AGCUGUCAGGCUCAGGGCGGCUGCCCUGUAGGCAAUAAAUAAUAAAUACUGCACCUGUAUUAUGACUAAUCAAAUUAGGCCCUGCUACGCUACAGUGACAGGGAUGAUGAAGAUGACGGGGAAGAGGAGGCUUAUUCACUCAUCUCUGUCCCCACCCUCUGACCAGCUUGUUGUCCCCCCCCUGAAUGUUGGCUCAUCAGUAAGUAAACUAUCGGACUGAGAGGAGAAAAGAAUCGGGCUCAACAGGCAAAGAUCAAUACUAAAAAAGCUCUGUGAAAGAUGUCUGUGAACCAAGAAGAAGAGGAGCUACCAGCAAAUUUCACAGGCCCGAAAGGUGUAAUCAAUGACUGGCGGAGAUACAAGUUGGACAGCGUGGAUCAGACCGUCCCCCAGAGAAAGAGAGAGCUGCUGAGACAGAUGUCUAACCCUCGAGACGAUGACAAGGAGAGACAGAACAGAAAGAUGAGCGCUCAGGAGUACGAGCUGAUCCAGAACGAGGACGAGCGUUGCCUGAAGCGCUACAGAAAACAGUGCAUGCAAGAAAUGCACGAGCGCCUGAGCUUCGGCCCCAAGUUUGAAUGCGUCCACGAGCUGGAGAGUGGAGAAGCCUUCCUGGAGGUGAUAGAGAAGGAACACCGCUUGACCCUGGUGGUGGUCCACAUCUACCAGCAUGGUGUCAAAGGCUGUGAGCAGAUGAACUCCUGCCUGGACUGUCUGGCUGCCGAGUACCCGACUGUCAAGUUCUGUCGCAUUGAUGCCGUGGCAACAGGAGCUGCAGAGCGCUUCUCUUCUGAGGUUCUUCCUACUCUGUUGGUGUACAAGGCCGGCGAAUUACUGGGAAAUUUCUUGGCCAUCACCAAAAACCUCAACGAAGAGUUCUUCGCAACAGACGUGGAGGGAUUUCUCAAUGAAUACGGCCUCCUACCUGAAAAGGAGUUCAGUGCAUGUGCUGAUGAUGAAGAUGAUGCAGGGGAAGUGGAGUAGAGGAGGACAAAAAGUAAAAGCCACUAAAGCUGGGGGAGGGAUGAGGAUGGAAUGGAAAACGGAGACACAAUAGUAAAUAUCCAGCAGCACACCGUAAAUUCUGACUUUACUUAGACACAGCUAGGUGUAAACAUGACGGGUGUGGAGAAGUCUGUGCUCAAAUACUGCUUGAUACAAAAUCCUAUCAUUAUACUACAAUAAAAGAUAUUUUCAGUGUUU